CAUUUGCUUAGCUAAAUUUGGAAAAUUUUCUCAAAAUGACGACUGAUUUAAUGAAUCGUAUUUUGAGAUUAAAAAAAAUACUAUCCAUCGACAACGAAGAACAGACAUCUAGUGAUGUCUCCAAACAAUUCAACGAAACACCAAUAUUUUCAAAAAAUAAGCGGUGCUUGGGGGAGACCCUUUUAUUGAUCAAACGCCUGUCCGAAAAAUACGGGGGAUCCCAGGACAAUGAUGAUUCGGAAAUGAAUAAGAAUUCCGAUGUGUUAAAAAAUUGUUCAGAGAUAAUGAUUGAACUUUUUAUUAUUGAACCGAUGGAGGAAGACGGUGAAAUUAAUCAACAUAUACAAAAAACCUAUCAGUUUGCUUUUAGUUCGGUUCUUGAUGAGCUAGAGAAAAUGGCCAUAAAUCCGCAGGAGAACCCUAACCCAUCAGAGUUCACUGAUGAGGUGGCCAUUCUUAGGGAAACAUUGAAAAACGAAAUAGAAAAUAGGAAACUGGAGGACUGGACUCACCAGCUAAUGCUUUUGGAGCAGGCUACCCAAAAAGCCAUGUUGGCCCAAAAAGAACGUGAAUUAGAAUUAGUCAACGAGGAAAUCAGGAAACUAUGGAAAGACUAUGAAGCGCUGGACAAAAGCUAUAUGGCUCUCCAAAAAGAUAUCCUAAACAAAGCAGCUUCUAUUCCUGAGGAAACCCAGGAGCAGAAAGACGAAGAGAUGCUGGCCAUGGAUGCCGAUACCAAACGUGAAUUGGAAUCAGACAACGAGGAUAAGGGGACCAGAAAGCCCCGGAGCCUGUUCUCAUUUGUGAAGCGUAUUUUUAAAAAUUUACUUUAAAGUAUUG